AGAUCAUGAGCUUUGAGCUGGCUCAAAAAUAUCCCAUUUACCCUUUCUGCUACGAAGAACAGAGAGAGCGAACUGAAAGGCGAAAGCACUCGAGCCGCCAUUGGCGACGCCACUCUAGAGCAGAGCGUGCCCGGGGAAGAGGGGGAGAUGAGCGGGCUGGAGCAGGAGCUGGGCCUGAGCCUGGGCGUCCUCAUCGACGUCGUCGACGAGCAGUGGAUGCGCGACACCCUCCCCGCCGAGGACAUCCCCGUGCCGCUGGCCAUGGCCGUGAAGACCGAGGACGCCGAGGACCCCGCGCCCGCCAAUCAGGAAAGCCAACCAGCACAAGGGGAUGUAUGGCGUGAUUUUGCCUUGGAAAAUCUCUGAUCUUCCAUGCUCUACAGGUGCCUCUAGACAUGAAGAUUCUUCGCUAAGGGUCUAGAGCUGUGUGGUACAUCAUGGUUUCAGCGCUGCGCAAAUGUUUGUCUAAACUUAAUUCAUUAUCUGGUUUAUGCAGUUCCUCCAGAUAUGGGCAUUGAACUUUGUGUUGGCCUAUUAUAAAACCUUAUGGUGAUGAUGACAGCAAUUUAGUUAUGCGAGUGAUCCAGAUCUUAGCUGCAUGUUGGCACCGAACCUACUUCUGAGUUUCUUUCAUAAACUUUUGGAGUUCAUGUUUGACUGCUAGUGUUCUCAACCUAGCAUGAAGAAUGUUUCGGUACUUGUAUUCCAACUUGUCGUUGUUAAAUUCUUGUUUCUACUUGGAUAGAUCCUGUGCAGCCACAUGCUUAAUUUGUACUGCUUUUGCCA